AUCGAGUAUAUAUUCUCUCUCUUUGGGAUGGAGACCGAUAUCUCCAAGGCAGCGAUUGAAGAGAGAGAAAGAAAGAACACACAGAUGGCAGUGAUGGAAAUAUAAAGGGUGGAUACGGAAAGCAUUUGGCAAAUGGAAAUACAAAGUGUAGAGAGAGAAAGUUCGUGGUAAAACACGCAGAUGCCAGAGAGAGAGAAUUGAUGGAAGCGAAUCAAGGAAUUACUGAGAGAGAAGGUAUAGGGUACAGGGAAAUACAGGUUCAAGAACGCAGAUUUCUCACAUACAGGCGAUUGUGUUUUCUCUCUCUAGAUUGUAAAAGGUUAGAGAGAGAAAGUUGGUAGAAGAAACACAUUGAUGCCAGAGAGAGAGAGAGAAACUGUUGGAAGUGAAAAGAGUUAAUUUAAGAGGGAAGGAAGAAUCAUAGAGAACAGGGAAAUAUUGACGUUUCUUCCUCUUUCUCUCUCUACAUGUAUUUUAAUGGAAUACACGCCAUUAAUUGGUAGAUCCUGGUUUGAGAGGUCUGAAUCUGAUGGAUUGGCUUGGAGUGGUAUGGAGGGCAAGAAGGAAGUUUAGAGAGAGAAAGAAAGAGGACCGGUCUCAGUCCUGCUGGCCCCGGAUACGUACGCAGCCAGCCUGCCGACUUAGCCGGCCUCUUUCAUGUUCCCCUGCUGUAAGAUUAAAGUAAAAGGUAAGAGAGAGAAAGAACGAGUCCUAGAGAGAGAAAGUGAGUUCUAAAGAGAGGGAGUCCUAGAGAGAGAGAGAGAGAUUGCUUUCCUGCAACCUGUUGUGUAGGGUUGGAUGGUUUAUUUCUCUCUCCUGCGUUGGAAAUGCCAACGCGGUUGGUUAGAGAGAGAAAGACAGGCAUGGAAUUGUAGAGAGAGAGAGUUGGGUCACCAGGUCAGGUGAGGUCAGUCAGCACCAGAUUAAGCCAUGCGUUGCCGCCUCUCUCUCUAUCUCUUCUCUCUCUCUCUCUCUCUAUCUAUCGACCCCGUCUCUUACUCGUUUGCAAUCUAUCAUUAUCUCUCUCUCAUGGCCAAAGACGAUUCUCUCUCCCCUCCUCGUCCACGUCUCCAACCACUGCCCUCCUUUUCCUACUCAUCCUUUCUCUCUCUACCUCUGUCUCUCUCUCUCUCCUUUAUUAUUACUAUCAUCUCUGCAACUCCGUGCCUCCUCGCGUCUCAUACCUUCCCGUUUAGACCUGGACUUCUUUCUCUCUCUAGAAACAAGGAAGCAUCCAUGCCACCUAUUACUAUACCAAAUCGCUCUCUUUUUAUUGCAAGGAACUUUUGGACUCUUUCUUUAUUUUCUUGAGAUAGCAACCAUUACUGUAUAUUCUCUGAAACUGCUCUGAGAGGAAAAGCACGACUUCUUCCUAUCUAUUUUUCUCUUAUUGCGUCCUUUAAAAUCCUGGUUUCCUUCCUAUUUCAUUUAUCGGCAAGGGCGUCCAUGUUCUGGUUCUCUCUGGUUGCUCUCAAAGGAACGGCUGGAUCUUGCGAGGUCGACUUUGGAUCUAGAUUUUUGUUGUUCCGUUCUUGAGGAGAAAGCUUUUCUUGAUCUAGGGUUUCUGUUCUUAAUUUUGAAGGGAAAGCUUGGGAUCUAGGGUUUUUGUUUACUUUCAGAGGGACGGUUCUCGAUCUUGUCUGUGUUUUCCUGAUUUUGAAGGGGAGGCUUCUGGAUCUACGGUUUCUUCCUCUGGUGUUCAAGGGAAAUCAUCUGGAUUUAGGGUUUUCUAAUCCUUUUUGGAGAGGGAAAGCUUUUGCAUCUGUUACAGGAGACUGCAGAUGUCAUCUCAAGUAUUUGCAAAGAACCUGAAGAUGCCUGUUUCUGAUCAGCGCUUGACGGUGUUGAUGCCAUGAUUCUCCAGAUCCAAGCCUCCAUUACAGUUUCAGGGCAGAUACCUUAGGGUUGGAUUGAUCGGUUAGGGUUGCAAAGAUAAGGCCGUACAUAUUGAAGGAUAAAUUGUUUAUCCCUGAAGUUGCAGAAAUAAUACCUUCAGUUUUGCAAGUUUCUUCGAGAUCCACGACAUCUUUGCGUUUUCAUUGCAAAGCUCGCACCUCUUUGGUGCAUACGAGAUUUCCAGGGUUUUUCCUGCGAUUGAAGGCUUUUUUAUUUUCUCAACAACCUCAUAUCAAAGAUUUUGCAGUUUGUCAAAUAGUACCAGAGUCAAUGAGGAUUUUCCAGAACCCGAGCCCCUUUUCGAAGGGUGAAGUUUCAGGUUCUAAGCCCCGAUACCAUUCAGUUGCUACAGCAAACCCUGCAACUGCAGGUCCAUCCAUGGAUUUGGAGGAGACUUAUUAUAGGAAGCUUGCAACUUUACAACCAGAGUUUCUCCAGCUUGUUAGGGAGACUAAAACUUUGAAGCAGCGGCUAAGAAGAACCAGGGGAAAGAGAGAGAAACUUAACGCUGAAGUCCGGUUCUUGAGGCGUAGGCUGAAGCUGUUGAAGAAGAACUCAGCCUUAUCAGAGAAAUCAUGUGCUAUUAUGCCGGUUGAGACGACUCCGGAGAUGUGGCCCUUUGAAGAAGAAAUCGUAGAACCUGAAGAAACCCUAGAUAUGAAAAAGCAGAAGUCUGGGUUUCCGUUGCCAUGGGGCAAUGGAGGAGGUGGAGGAGAAGCAGAACCAAGAAAGAGCACCAUCACCAUUGUUUCCCCUGCUACUGCAACUACAAAACUAACAAUACAAGUCCCUGCAAGUACAACUAUAAAACCUACAACAGAGGGUGGUGGUCCAGUGAGUGCACUGAAAUCCUCAACCUUUAAGGGCGACAACUCCAUGGCUUCUUCAAGAACAGGCAAGAGAAGGAUAACAUGGCAAGAUGAGAUCUCUCUUGGAGCUUGAACAGCCAUUGGUACCCUACCAUUUAACCAUUCUUUAUUAUUCGCCUGUGGCUUUUUUUGUUUCCUCUUGAUGAGGUAAUUCACACUGCUAUAAUCAUAGGCCAGAAAUAUUGGAAGGUUGCUUUUGAAUCCCUUUUGUCCCUUCUUUUGCAGUAAAAUUUUUGAAACCCCUGUAAAUGAUCUGGGUUUUGAGUUUUUAAUCUGCUGUAAAAAUGGAAAUCCUAUGGACAUAUUCAGAUUAGUAUUUUUGUUCAGUUUUUCUUUUUUUAAUGGAAUUUAUACCAUUUGGGGGUGCUUGAAGUCCCGGUA